AUGGCUACGCUUGCUGCCACUCAUUCCAAGCCAUCAGGCUAUAGCUAUUGGUGUGCUUUCGCAGUCGGAAUUGGUUCCCUGCUCUGGGGAUAUGAUUCGGGAAUCUUCGGCACGGCUCUCGCUCAGACCUAUUUCGAGGAUAAAUUUCACCCCAGCUCCUCGAUGCUGGGCGGCAUUAUAUCUGUGUAUACCGCUGGUGGCGCCGUGGGUGCUUUACUCUCUGGCCCGAUUGGUAACAAGUACGGUCGCCGCGGUACGAUCCGGAUCGGCGCCGUGGUCGCAGCCAUUGGUACUGCUCUUCAGACGGCUGCUGUGAACACCACCAUGCUUAUAAUUGGCCGCCUCAUUGCGGGGCUUGCAAUUGGUAUCAUUUACUUCGCCAUCCCCAUGUUCUUAUCCGAGAUCGCUCCUCAUACCCAGCGGGGCCUCUUUACUGGCUUGCAUUCCCAAUUUGUCGGGUUCGGAUACAUGACUUCAAACUGGAUUGGAUAUGGUGUAUCUUACUCGACCGGGCAGUUCACUUUUCGCUUUCCUGUUGGCCUCCAGGUAUUUUGGGCUUUGUUACUACUGGGUCUGUCUUUCACCAUACCUGAAUCUCCGCGUUUUUUGAUCGAGCGUGGGAAGCUGGACGAAGCUGAGAUCGUGCUUAAGCGGCUUAGGACUGGCAAUGACGAUGAAAUGCUGCAGAGAGAACUGACACAGAUGCGGGAUCAAAUCCAAUGGGAACGUGAAAAUGAGGAGUCAACUUUGAAGGUGAUGGUCACCAAACCGUCGUACCGCAAGCGUCUGCUACUCGGCUGUGGUGUCCAGAUUGGGCAGCAGAUCUGUGGAAUUUCCGCUAUCAACUAUUACCAGACCAUCAUGUACAAGUCUCUGGGCAUCCACGGACAUCUCGUCCUUCUUCUCGCCGGUGUCUGGGGUGCCACUGGCCCACUGGCAAACAUUUUCUGUCUAGUCUGGAUCAUUGACAGGGUUCGACGUCGCACUCUCUUCAUGGUUGGAUCCGCUGCUAUGGCCAUCGACAUCGCUAUAGUGAUGGCACUGGUUGCUGUGUAUGGCGGUAGCAGCAACACGGUGGCAAAUGGCUUUGGUAUCUUUUUCCUUAUUUCCUUCGGUAUCUUGUUUUCACUCUCGUGGAACUCGGGCGCGCCAGUGUACACGGCUGAGAUCUUUCCCACCCAGAUCCGCGCUUUCGGGGGUGCCAUCUCUACCUUCUGGUCGUUUGUCAUUCAGGUAGUGCUUGCCCAGGCCUCCCCGACAGCACUUAGCAAUGUUGGCUGGCGCUACUACUUCUUCUUCAUCGCCAUGAAUCUUUUCACGCUUGGCAUGGUUUUCUUCUUUCUACCUGAAACAAUGGGGAAGUCUCUGGAAGAAAUCAGCGAGGUGUUUGGCGAUGUUUUUGUCAGUGUUCAUAUGGAUGAGCGAUUCGAUAGGAAGGCCGAAGACCAGUCCCGGGCACAGACAGUCGAGAAUGCCUAG